GUUCAAAGUACGUGACCACUCAGCAGCUCAGCCGUUCACUGUUCACAAAAGCCCCCGACUUUCUUGCCAAAAAGGGCGUUGAAUGUGGAUUCAGCAGAUCACAGGUCGCACCAUGCGGGUCUCCUCUGGAGAUUAGAGCUGAGGGAGAUCCGCUGCUUUUCAGAUCCGAGCAUCUUGAAACAAGAUGGCGUCGUCGUCCGCAAUGGGGGCGCGCUCCUUGGCGUCCCAUGCUCGAUGUGCUGUCUCUCAGUCUGGGAGCUUGUUUCAGAAUAGAACAAGAGAGGGGCCAGGACACUCGUCUCUCUGGAGGAGGUUGCCCGCCUCCUUCAAAACUGUUUCGCAGGCGUCAGGUACAAGAAGAUCAGCUGAAUCAGCGGAUAUCAUUCGAAGUAACGUGCGUUGCAGAAUAAAGACAGGUACAGACCAACAAGCAGGCGUUGCAAAGAUUGGUCAGAACGGGUUGAGAUGCAGCGGUAACCAAAACAGUUCGGGUGGUCUGGGGAAGAGGAGGGAACUAGGCGCGAGGGUUGAGUGCGCAACAUAUGAGGCGGUGCCAGCUGGCGGCGAGCUAGAGGGGGAAAGUGUUGCAGAGAUCGAUCGUGCUGUGAUCCUAAACACGCUGACGGCCUCGAGUGCUGCGAUUGCGGAUCCCAUUAUGUCGAUGGUUGACACGCUGUUCGUCGGGCGGCUUGGCGUCAUCCCCCUGUCCGCGCUCGGCCCCAACUCGGUCGUCUUCAACGCCGUCUUCCUAAUCAUGAGUUUCACGGGGGGCAUCGUGACCGCCGAGAUCGUUGGGAACGCGCACGCCAAAGGUGACGUCAUCGGGAUGCAGCGCGCGAUUCUGACGUCGGUGUGGCUGUCGGUCAUCGUUGGGGCGCUGGGGAUGGGGGCGCUCUUGGCGUUCGGACCCCAGCUGAUGUCAGCCAUAGGCACCCAGCCGGAUAUGAUGGCCGAUACCCUAUUGUACCUGCGGAUCCGGGCGUCUGGGGUCCCGGCGUCGCUGCUCCUCCUAGUCUUUCAAGCCGUUUACCGUGCGACCCUUGAUCUUCGGACGCCCGCCAUAAUCGUCGUCUUGUGCGGCAUCCUAAACGGGAUCCUCGACCCCAUCAUGAUGUUUUCGUGGGGCUGGGGCAUCGCGGGGGCUGCCAUCGCCACUUCUCUCAGCCAAUGGGCAGGUGUCGCCAUGUUUGCCUGGCUCAUGCUGCGGCAUAAGACGUUUGCCGCGCCGGCACCGGCGGGCAGGGCGCAAGAAAGGGUCCCGAAGUGGCAAGACUACAAGCACUACCUACAAGACUGCUCUGGGUUGCUGUUCCGCGCCCUCACAAUCAUUGCGAUCUACAGCUUUGCGGGGGUAGUGGCUACCCGACUCGGCUCCGUGAACGCGGCCGGUUACCAAUUGGUCAACAACUUGCAGAUGUUCCAGUUGACGAUCCUGUGGAUGUUCCUGGAGGUCGGCCAGUCCAUGGUUGUGAACGCGCUCGGUCGGCGCGGCAAGCGCCUCGCGCGUCUUAUCUCGGACCGCGUCAUUCUUUGGUCGGUCAUUGCAUCGAUCGGGCUCGCGGGAGCCACGUGGGGGCUGCGGGGGUCCCUGCCGAGGUUGUUCAUCCAGGACGACGCCGUUCUGAAGGUCGUCGCCACUGCGAUGCUGCCGUGCUGCGCCAUGAUUCUCAUGGGCUGGAACAACGCGCUGGAGGGCAUUCUCAUCGGGGCCGGAGACACCGCGUAUGUCGUCUCGAGCUUCCUGCCGGCUGCCGGGACGGGCCUGGUCAUGCUGGCCUAUACGCUGGUCAAAGGGGGAUCCCUCGCGGCCAUCUGGUGGUCGCUGGCGGUCUACUACGUACUGCUGACGCUGCUGUAUAGCAUUCGCUAUUGGGUCCCGCAAGCGCGCGUUUAUAUUUAAGAAAGGGGACGAAGCAGAUAAAUAAUCGGUUCGCUUUCGAGGACUUUUGAAGGGCGGAUGGUGGGGUUGGGAAUCAAUCUGCUCAUUUUUAGAGCGCUCUUUGCGAGUGCUCUCAGAGGCGGUGGAUAGACCUGUUUCUUUAAGCACUCAGUUAACAGGUUAACAAUCGGACGUGUUGGGUGAUAAUCAAAGUUCGUAAUUAGCUACAGAAUCAAGAGCGGAGCUCGACAGCUUUUCAGUCGAUCAGUGUUGAGUGGAGAGCAACCAGGCGUCUAGGAGUUAGAGCAAACUUCAUAUUGAAGAUUUAGAAGGCCUCGGGCUAGAACGCACUGAGAAUUCUGGUUCGGCCUGCGGUUUGGAAGAGGUGAUGCUUAGGGACACUGCAAGCAGACGGUGACGUUGAACUGAUCGAUGGGGAAGGUAAAUCGGAAGAAGCUCGGUAUAGAGGUAGCUUAAAUUCGAACCAAAGCUAUGUAUUUGCAAGCACGUGGUAUGCACAUAUUGAAAUGAUCCAGU